AUGCCUCUUUUUGAUUUAGAAACCGAUGACCAAAUUAGGGAAUUUAUGCAAAAUGAAGGGAAAAAGCAUUAUAAACCGUAUGUGGAAAUGAGUCGCCGUCUCCCUAAGUUCACCCCCAAACAAAUAUGUCAUAGGUGGAAUUAUAAGCUCAACCCUCGCCUUACGGAUGGUCCUUUUACGCAGGAAGAAAAGGAAUUCAUAUAUAAAUGGGUUACAAAAAAUAUAAAGGAAUCCGGAGAAAUUAGAUGGUCUCAUUGCCAAAAGUUAAUGGAGAAAAAAUUCAAAAAAUUUCGUGCUGUCAAUAGGAUCCAAGGAAUGUGGCUCACACAUCGUAGACACUUAGAACGUGGUGUCAAAAAAACCAAAAUUCCUGGUACUAAUACUAUUGACUUAUCUCAUGUCAAGCAACACACCACUAUUGUCUUCAACCCCUCUUAUACUACCUUAGUCUUCUCAGAUGUACCUAUUCUUCGAACUCGACCUCGUUUACCAACUUUAAUUCCUAGUUUUCAACCCGAAAUUAAGAUUCCGAAAAUGAUGCCUUUGUUUUAA